CUGUGCUUGCUUGGGGCCUUGCUCUGAACAGGAAGAUCCAACUCCAUACCAUUUACUGGAUGGCUCGCUGGGUCAUUCGCAUCUGUCGUUUUCUUCAGAUGCGACACAGCCUUUGUUCCGUAGUAGGGAUAAUGCGCUUAAAAAUCCAGGAGGCAUGACGAAAUGUUCUGCUACCUCCUGCCUUUCGUCCUAUUCAUCUUUUUUCAGUAAACCAUUCAAUUUGUGCUCGGAUAACGCUUGGCGCCAGAGUCAAACAUCGGCCAUCUGUCUCCGCUCUCCCUCCAAAGCUCUCGUCCAAAGUUAAAAAGGCUCCAUCGCCUGUCUCCCCCAUCACAUCAGCACCAGCAAUCAAGGACAUCGACUUUACAAAGCGGAUCAGCCAGAGUGGAAUCUCGAACCAAUCUUCUUGCACCUCAUACAACCAGACCUUCCAAGUUUCCUCAACUUGUCUUUCCAUAAUGGCUCUUCUCCGCAGUUUUGUCGCACUCCUUGCAUGUGCUGCCAUCGGCACUCAAGCCGCUCCAGCUGUUGAUCAGCUCCAAUCUCGCGGCGCUGCGCGUCGUCAGGCUCAGAAUGCUGAAGCCGUCCGGCUCCAGUUUAUGUCCGAUAUUUUGGGAGCUCCUGCUUCCUCCAACAUGGUUAAAGACCUCAGUUCCGACGCCAUUAAGAACGUCAUUGUCACCAAAGCCGACCCAGCCAAGGAUGCACCCGUGAGUCCAGCUUUUACGGCUUCAGAAGCCACCAAUGCGACUCAAUCCAACUUGGUGGCUCGAAGCUUCGUGAGUGGUGCGCAGCUUGACGAUCUCAAGCUUCACCAAGCCUACGCUGCUGCCUCUUAUUGCCUCGCUGGUAUCGAAAACUGGACUUGCCGGGAGCGUUGCUCUGGACCUACCGCCGGAACGAUUAUCGUCAAAAAGUUUGACACACUGCUCACCAACACUGUCGGUUUCGUCGGAUACAACCCAUCUCAGAAGGCUAUCAUUGUCUCGUUCCGUGGAACUCUCUCAAUCCGAAACGCAAUCAAUGACCUCAAGUUCUACAAGGUUGAUGCUGACUACAAACUGAACAGAAUCAAGGUUCCCGAUGGCGCCAAAAUCCAUGGUGGAUUCGGGGAUGCCUACAAUGCCGCUGCUAGCACGGUCCGCAGUGCCGUUCAGCAAAUCUUGAAUGGACCCGGCAAAGAUUUCAAUAUUCACGUUGUUGGCCACAGCAUGGGUGGAGCCAUCGGCAUUCUUGGUGCGAUCGACCUUUACGAUUUCCUCGGCGAAUCCUUUGGUAACAAGAUUAAAGUCUACUCUUUCGGCGAGCCUCGUGUUGGAAACAAGGCCUGGGCAAGCUGGGUUUACACUCUCCCCUUCUUCAGCAACAUGUUCCGUGUUACCCACAACACCGACAUUGUCCCCCACCUCCCUCCCAAAGCUUUCGACUUUUUGCACCACCGUGCAGAAUACUGGAUCACCUCCAAGGGCGACUUGUCCACCUGCGACGACUCCUUGGGUGAGGCGGCAGCCUGUGCUGGCAGCGUGAUCAUUCCUUCCAUCGUUGCUCACUUGGUUGGAUACUUUGACAUUCCUUUUGGACCAUGGUGCUGAGCGCCGUUCCGAUUGUUUACAGUUCUUGUGGGGCAUAAAUUAUCCUAUGCCGGUCAAGGAUAAUUUUGCGUGAGAUUCUAUGCAGUACCCUUAGUUAGAAAUAGUAAAUACAGAGUAAUGUACUAGAUAGCCUGGCGCUUUCGGAUCAACUUAUACCUCUCUUAGUACUCCCCGUAGUAUCAAUAUACCUAGUAGUUGAGCCUCAAA